AUGGUCUUUACGGUCAAGACUAAUGCUCAUACUGCUGACAAGAUAACAUUUGAAGAACUUCGGAGUAAAUCAUAUGGCUUCUCAAAUGCUCUUCGCUUUCUUGGGGCUAAAAAAGGGGAUAUUGUAAUUGUAUGCUUGGAAAAUUGUUAUCAUUAUGCAAUAAUUUUCCUGGGAAGUGCAUUAAUUGGAUGUUCUAUAUCUGAUGAAUUGCAAAGAGUUCAAGAAUUAACAAAUGCUAAAUUUUUAAUACUAUCAUCCCGAAAUUAUCACAUUGCUGUUGAUUUUAUUCAGAUCUGUCAGGUAAUAAUUUUAAAUCGGCAAUAUGGUCAAAUUGGAAAUGAUUUUGAUGAUUUAAUAAAUAAAUGGCAAAAAUAUAAUUUUACUGAAAGCAACAAAAUUGCAAUAGAUUUGGGGGAUGUAUUAUUGACACCAUUCAGUAGUGGUACUUCUGGCUUACCAAAAUGUGUUCAACUAACUCAUCUCAACUUCAAUACUUCGACUGCUAUUUUAAAAAAGGCUUUGUUCGAUAAGCUAUCAGGAGAUAAUUGUCGUUCAACUGUUGGCAUAUUACCAUUUUAUCACAGUUCUGGAUUCUGGGCUUUGUGCUACUGUUUACUUGAAGGACAUCAUACAGUUAUCAUAACUCAUUUUCAUUUGGCAUUAAUGCUGAAAUGUAUUGAAGAGUAUAAAGUUGAUACUUUAAACUUGGUACCAGCAAUUAUUGAAAGUCUUUGUCAAGAUGACAUAGACGUGAAACGUUGGAAUUUAUCGUCAUUAAAAACAGUACUAUGUGGUAGUGCUCCUUUAGGUAAAGAACUAAUCAAACGAUUCUUACGUAAAUUUCCUCACGUGCAAAAUUUGAUACAAGGCUAUGGUAUGACUGAGACAGUAGUUUUAAGUCAUGUAACACCUCUUGAUAGAUCAUUCAAUGAUGAAGAUCACGUGGGAAGUUGCGGUAAACUGUUACCAAAUUUUGAAGCCAAAUUAUUAGAUGAAAAAACUGGUGCAAUACUAAGUGAAGCAUUUCAAGUUGGAGAGUUAUUGCUAAGGUCAAAUGCUAUUAUGAAAGGUUAUUUGAACAGUGAAGAAGAAACAAGAAAAGUUUUUGAUAGCGAUAAUUGGUUGCAUACAGGAGAUAUGAUGUAUUUCGAUUCCGAUGGUUAUUAUUUCAUCGUUGAUCGAAAAAAAGACUUAAUCAAAAUGAAUGGCAUGCAAGUGUCACCGUCUGAAUUGGAAGAUGUUUUGAAAAGUCAUGAAAAUGUGAAAGAUGCUGCUGUCAUUGGUAUUCCUAAUGCGGACCAUGGACAAGUACCGAAAGCAUUUGUGGUAUUAGUGAAUGAUGAAGGUAGUGAAGGUCAACUACAAGUUCUUAUGAAGUAUUUAAAAGAUCGAGUCGCACCACAUAAAUACUUAAGAGGUGGUAUUGAAUUUGUUCAAUCACUUCCAAAAUUGCCAAAUGGUAAAACAUCUCGAAAAGAUUUAAUACAUUUGUUAUCUGAAUCUUAA